AUGGAGCCAAGGUUCUCUUUCUUCAAAAUGCGCCCUACCGCCGCCUUUCUUGUUGUUCUGCUUGUUGUCCUGCCCCAUAUAGCAGUCGUCGCCGCCCAAGAAAGCGCAAACACAACCGCCACGGCUCCCACCCUCAUCCAGCAACUUCUCGUUUCCUUUGACCCACCCAACGAGGUCCUCUUUCUCCUUUUCCCUCGUUCCAUUCUUGUCGCACAGACAGCCCUAGCCGUCCGCUACUUCCUGCUCAUCAGUGCCGUCGGGCAUGACCUCACAGCUGCGUGUCACCCCGUCAUUCUUUCCUUCUUCGGCACCAAAGACGAAAUUCCGGCAGCGUUUUGCACGCCGGAGGAGAAUGCCAUCACAAACGCAUACUUUGGGUAUCGCGUCUUGGAGUCCCAGUUUCCGGAAGAGGCCGCGCCCUACGGCCGCUUCCUCGCCAGGCUUGGCUUAGACCCUUACAAUCGCUCCACAGACACGAGCACCAAAAAUGGAUGGGCAAACGUUUUCGCAGCUCGUAUGUUGACCUACUUUGACAAUGACGGAUGGAACGCUCAAGGUGACAAGACGAGAGACGACUUCCGCCGCAAGUACUCAGAUUCGUCCUUCUACAUGCCGAGAAAUCCGGCCUUCUUGCCGCCCUCCAAACUUCGCCGACCGCUUCGCUGGCAGCCGCUGACGGUGCAGCUCGACCAGAAGGGAUACUUUGCAUCGCAAAUCCACGUUGUGCCGCACAUCGGAUCGCAAGCCAAGCCGCUCGUGCUCUCGCCACGCGAGCUGCGCGCCAAACGCGCACCCUCACCGUACAGAACUCCCAACAGGAAACGCUCUCUCGGCGCGGAAGAUGAGAAGACGGUGAGGAGAGCGAUCAAGAAGCUGCUGAGGCGGUCUGUCAAGCUGACGACUAAAAAACUGGCGCUCGUUCACUGGUGGGAGAACAAGUUCCUCUCUCUAGGCGUCAUCGUGCCGUAUUACAUCGGGGUACUGCAGCUCGACAGUCUGCAAGCGAACCGUCUGUUCCUUGGGGAGAUGCUCGCGCAGCAUGACGCGAUGGUGUUGGCGUGGAAGGAGAAGACGGCUCAUGACCUGGUUCGUCCGACGACGAUGAUGCGGCGGCUUCUGGCGGGACGCAAGAUCCGGGCGUACCGGGGGUUCAAAAAGGGCGUGGGGAUGGUCAAGGCCGAGGAGUGGGAGCCGGCGGUGCCCGUGCAGCCGCACUCAGAGUACCCGUCGGCGUCGGCCGUGCUGUGCAAGGUGUCUGCAGAUCAGCUGGAGCUUGCGCUGCGGGACAUGCUGGGCAACGCUUCGACGGGGAUCCCCCCACUUGUGCAAACGAUCGCUCCCAUGGGGCAGCCGCUGUCCGCACCGGGGACGCCCGUCGAUGUACCCGUUUCUGUGAGGUUUGAAACGCUGCAGGAGGCGGCGAGGAGCUGCGGAACAUCACGGCUGGACGGUGGCGUGCAUUUCGAGGCGGCGGUGGCGGCGGGGCGGCGGCUGGCUGACGGCGUUGGGGAGAAGGCCUAUCAACACGUGAAGGACUUGUAUCAAGGAAGGGUGCCGGAAGGGUGCGAGAGGUGCAUCCACGCCGAGACGAAGUAGUUUCUACGCAUGUGGGACACGUGUGCGAAGGAGAAUGGCUUUUAGAGCAAUGCCUUCGCCAUAAAUAUAAAGAUGAGAUAAUGCUGCGUUUAGGGGGGCGAUCAGGUGCAUUUUGGUGGCAACAGACGGGUGAAAUCGGAACAGUUGCAGCGCACAAGGGGUGACGGUGGGAACUUUGCAAGAGGUACCCAUCCGAUAGCGGUUUAUUUGUAAGGAUCACUAUGGUGACCAUAUCAAGUCGAGCACGGUGAACUUGGCAUGAAUGUAUUGGUUGAAAAAAUUAUUGGAAAUGCUUUUACUCCCGUUCAACCAAUCCAAAUGUCAGGGUGCUUGCGUGCUAGCACACCGUGCUCGUCGUUUGGAACGGCCCUGAGGUGACAGGAAAUGCACCUAAUCUCCCUAAAUAGAUAUGUACUUGUUAUGGUUACAGUACUGUGCAACCUCCGAAUAAGAGUGCCGUUCGUAUAUUGUAGGACAACAUUAUCCAUGACGGACCACAAGGACAGACUGUCCAUAUCACAGUCUGUCCACAACAGUAUUUAAUAGGAGCGACGGCGACGACGAGUAAAGCCACGCCAUGAGGAUUACGAUUCAUCAAUCCUACACAGGGCUUUUCUUAA